AUUGAAGGAGAGGAAAAGGAAGAGGAGGGGAUUGAAGGGGGUGAAGUGCAAGGAAAACCAAGUGAGGUAGAGGAAGGGCAAAGGAAAAGAAGUGAAGGAGAGCAAGUGCAAGUAAAAAGUAGCAAAGGAGAGGAAGCCCAAAGACAGAGCAGUGAGGGAGAGGAAGUGAAAAGAAAAAGCAGUAAGGGAGAGAAACUGCAAAGGAAAAAAAGGGAGGGCAAGGAAGUGAAAACACAAACAAGUGAGGAAAAGGAAGUGCAAAGAAACCAAUGUGAGAAAGAAGAUAAUGAAGUUAUGUUGCUUGGGGGUGACAUUGGCGAGAGCACGGAGGGGACACUGCUUGAGUUUACUGUCGGGGACAUUGAUUUGGAUGAACCUACAGCUGUGCUAUCUCAGUUGAACGUGUGGUUGAAUGAUAAAGGUAAAGCUGUGGCACAAGGGGUCCAAUUACGGAAAAGGAAGAGGAUCAUUCCUUUGUGGAAGAUCAUUGAAGGCAGUGAAUUGGUUCCAAAAACUGGGGCACAGACAACCGGACUGAAGAUGUUAGACCCAAUGAAGGCGAUUCCGCAUGAUGAUCUGGUGAAUUUGCUGAAACUUUGUUGGGAAUGGCGCCAGGACCCAAAUUUGGUGAUGCAAUUUGGCAACGUGGAAGCUGAGAUUGAAUUCUUCGCUUCCCUCGUGAAAGCUGAUGGUUGGCUGAAAGUAGAUGUAAGUGUAAUUGAUUAUUCAUUUGUUUUAAUGUACAUACAUUAUGAGAUUGACAAGAAAAACAUGUUGCAGCACAUUGAUUUGGGGUUGUAUCUCAUCCGAAAGCGACAACAACAGUUGGAGACAGAUUCGGUAGAAGUAGCGGACUGGACAACGACCGAUGUUUUUUUUAUGGUAUGUCAUCGGCCUUGA